ACGUGGAAGCACGCAGUAGUUAACUAAAAAUGGAAGUGGAAAAUAUAAAAGUCGAUGCAUUUGUGCCAGCCAAAAAGGCUCAGAAACGUAGUGCCAAUGAGGACACCGAAAUGCAGAUUGACGGAGAGCGCCCACGUUCCUCAGCACCAACAGCAAAACGCAUACGCAGCGAAAUGCGUAAAAUCUCUGUGCCUCCCCACAGAUACUCAUCACUCAAAGAGCAUUGGAUGAAGAUAUUUACACCUGUUGUGGAACAUAUGAAGCUGCAGAUACGUUUUAACAUGAAGGCACGCCAAGUGGAGUUGCGCAUUGGACCCGAAACUCCAGAUAUUGCGAAUCUGCAGAAGGGCGCUGAUUUUGUCAAGGCAUUUCUUUGUGGAUUUGAUGUGGACGAUGCAUUGGCGUUGCUACGACUUGAGGACCUCUUCGUAGAGACCUUCGAAAUCAAAGAUGUUAAGACGCUGCGUGGCGACCAUCAAUCACGCGCCAUCGGCCGCCUGGCCGGCAAAGGAGGGCGAACUAAAUUUACCAUCGAGAAUGUGACCAAGACGCGCAUUGUACUCGCCGAUAGUAAGAUUCACAUCCUGGGCAGCUAUCAGAACAUCCAGUUAGCACGCCGUGCCAUCUGCAAUUUGAUCCUAGGCUCACCACCCAGCAAGGUAUACGGCAAUCUGCGUGCCGUUGCGACGCGCUUGUCGGAGCGCAUGUAAAUGGUAGUGGCUGUGAUCAUGGACUAAGCGAUUAAUAUUUGUAAGAUUGUUUUUUUUUUACACUUUAAUAAUAAUAAAUAAAUACACCGUACAAUUUUAA